AUGGUCCCCAGACCUAGCUUCACAAGUCACUCAACAGGAGCAUUCAGAAACAACUACGAAUUUGUUGCCCGCAUACGAGCCAAGAUGGCGAAGGAAAAGAUCGAGGACCCGAUCCGGGUGUCCAAUGGUAAAGAAGAGGACCCGCCAGACUACGCCCAUCACGAGAAGACGAGCAAUGGAGCUGGAAUGCCGGAUGUGGAACACUUAGGGCGCGACCGACUGAAUGCUGUCUUUGAGAAUCCCCUGGCGGGAAUCCCACGCGAGCAGCUCUUCAAGCAAGUGGAAGAGUUCUGUCAGCAGUGGGAUCUCAUGGCAGACCUGGAAAUGUUCAAAAAGGGUGCACUCGUGUCGCAAAAUCCCGAUUCGGCGACACAGCUGCCGGAACUCGAUGAGUUCGAAAGAGAGGCUUUGAUCCGCGAACACACGCACAAAUGGUCUCAGCCACAGCAGCUCUACUACCUGGCAAUCAUGUGCUCUCUAGCUGCCGCCGUGCAAGGAAUGGACGAGACGGUGAACAAUGGCGCUCAAGCGAUUUACCUAAAGCGACUUGGCAUCGAAAAUAGCGACAACCUCACAGGUCUUGUCGUCGGAGCUCCUUACCUGGCUUGCGCUGUCCUGGGCUGCUGGCUAACGGAACCUCUCAAUCGAUACUUUGCUCGUCGCGGUACCAUCUUCAUAUCCUGCUUUAUUGCCGCCGUGGCCUCCAUAUGGGAAGGUGUUUGCAAUUCAUGGGUCAAUCUCUUCCUGGCUCGCUUUGUCCUUGGCCUGGGUAUUGGCUCCAAGUCCUCGACCGUUCCAGUUUACGCCGCCGAAUGCUCCCCAGCCCCGAUCCGAGGUGCCUUGGUGAUGAUGUGGCAGAUGUGGACAGCCUUUGGUAUCAUGCUUGGAAACAUCAUGGGCGUGGCCUUUAUGAAUGUUGGGAAUGACCUCAACUGGCGUCUCAUGCUGGGUUCGACUGUGGUGCUUCCACUGGUUGUCUGCGCCCAGGUAUAUUUAUGUCCCGAGUCACCCAGAUGGUUGAUCCAGCACGACAAGAUUCCCAAGGCAUAUCACAACUUUAAAAUCCUGCGCCCAUCAGAACUCCAAGCGGCCCGAGAUCUCUACUAUGCGUACGUGGGGGUGCAGUUGGAGCGGAAGAUUAACAAGGGCAAGAAUUUCUUCACCAUGUUCAUCGAGCUCUUCACCAUUCCGCGCAAUCGUCGCGCCACAUUCGCCAGCUGGAUCGUGAUGUUCAUGCAGCAAUUCUGCGGUGUCAACGUGAUCGCUUAUUACUCCACCACAAUCUUUCAAGAAUCUGGUUAUGGACUGUCGAACGCUUUGCUCGCAUCCAUGGGAACCGGUAUUCUCAACUGGGUCUUUGCUCUGCCCGCCGUCCUGACAAUCGACACAUGGGGUCGUCGGAAUUUGCUCUUAUUUACAUUCCCCUUCCUAGCCAUCUUCCUACUCUGGUCCGGCUUUUCAUUCUGGAUCGAGGCAGAUGACCCCGAAAGCAAGAAGCGCGUUGCAAUGGUCACCACGGGGAUGUAUCUCUUCGAGGUCUUCUACUCUCCGGGUGAAGGGCCAGUCCCAUUUACCUACUCCGCGGAAGCAUUCCCUCUACAUGUUCGUGAAGUCGGCAUGUCUUGGGCUACAGCCACAACAUGGUGUUUCAAUUUUAUUCUUUCUUUCACUUGGCCGCAUCUUUUGACGGCGUUCAAACCCCAAGGCGCAUUUGGCUGGUAUGCGGCUUGGUGUAUCAUUGGCUGGUUCUUGGUGUUACUUUUCGUACCAGAAACCAAAGCACUGACGCUAGAAGAACUAGAUCAAGUCUUCUCCGUCCCCACAAGAAAGCAUGCCUUGUAUCAGCUCAAGAAUGCUUGGUGGCACUUCCGAGUCUGGAUUCUUCGCCAGAAGCUGGAACCUCUACCAGAGUUCUACCAGGGUGCAGAGAGACUAGCUGAAGUUGGUGAUACUACUUCUAAGUAG